ACAAACUUGGAUUUUUUUAGGUUACUUAUAGCCGUAUUAAAAAUAAUCCCUGAUACGGUUUUUAUUGCAUAAUAUUGUACAAUAAAAAAUUCAAAAUGUAUCGACAGUUGAAUAAAUUACGAACGCCGAUUUCUUUAUUUUCAAAAAAAACUAAUCGUAUUCAAUUCGUCCGUAAUAUAAAUGAUAAUGUAGAAGGAAAUAAAUUUAAUAUUAAAACAGAAUUGGAAGGUAGACCAUUAUAUUUGGACGUACAAGCUACUACACCAUUGGAUCCUCGGGUCUUAGACGCGAUGUUACCGUAUUUAACGAAUUUUUACGGGAAUCCUCAUUCUAGAACACACGCUUACGGUUGGGAAACUGAAGCUGCCGUGGAAAAUGCUAGAGAACACGUCGCUAAUAUCAUCGGAGCAGAUCCUAAAGAAAUAAUAUUCACAUCGGGCGCUACAGAGAGUAAUAAUAUCGCAAUUAAAGGCGUAGCGAGGUUUUACAAAGAAAAAAAGAAGCAUAUAAUAACGACACAAACAGAGCACAAGUGCGUUUUGGAUUCCUGUCGAGCUUUAGAAGGUGAAGGAUUCAAAGUGACGUAUCUACCAGUUAAAACCAAUGGUAUCAUUUCAUUAGAGCAAUUGGAAGAAGCUAUUACACAGGAAACUGGUCUGGUAUCAAUUAUGACUGUCAAUAAUGAAAUAGGAGUAAAACAGCCCGUAAAAGAAAUAGGUGACCUUUGCAGAAAAAAUAAAGUUUUUUUCCACACGGACGCCGCCCAAGCAGUCGGUAAAAUCCCACUGGACGUUAAUAACAUGAACAUAGAUCUCAUGUCCAUAAGUGGACAUAAAAUUUACGGACCGAAAGGUAAAUUAUUUCAAUUAAAACGGUUGUUCACUUUUUUUUUUGAUAAAAUUUUUCAAGGUAUCGGUGCGUUGUAUAUAAGACGUCGACCUCGCGUACGAGUAGAAGCCAUCCAAAGCGGAGGUGGUCAAGAAAGGGGUAUCAGAAGCGGUACGGUACCGGCACCUCUAGUCGUAGGUUUCGGAGAAGCUUGUCGUUUAGCCAAAGAAGAAAUGGCCUACGAUCACGCCCACAUCGAGAAAUUAAGUAAAAGAUUAAUCCACCAUUUCUCCAAGUCUCUAACGCACGUUAUCAGAAACGGAGACAAAGAGAACACUUACCCCGGAUGCGUAAAUUUAUCUUUCGCGUACGUCGAAGGGGAAUCGUUGUUGAUGGCGCUUAAAGACGUGGCUCUGUCUAGCGGUUCGGCUUGUACUUCGGCUUCUUUGGAACCUUCGUACGUUUUGAGAGCCAUCGGGGCCGAUGAAGACCUGGCGCACAGUUCCAUUAGAUUCGGCAUAGGACGUUUUACUACAGAAGAUGAAGUUGAUUAUACCGCUCAAAAAUGUAUACAGCACGUCACUAGGUUGAGGGAAAUGAGUCCCCUGUGGGAAAUGGUGCAGGAAGGAAUUGAUUUGAAGGCGAUUAAGUGGUCACAACAUUAAGUUAAAGGGUAACGUUGAUUUUUUUUAUGUAUAGGAUAUUUUUUAUUUUAAUGUUGUUAGAACUGAUAAAAAUUGAAGAUUAUGUAUGAGUUGUAUGAAAAUAUUUUGAUGUAACUAUUUUUUUAACAGUUUAAAUUUACGUUUUUAGUCUGUUUUGGUUAAAAUUUGUUUUUUAAGACAAAUUUUAAGAUCAAGAAACGAAAGAAAAAUACGAUGCGUGGUUAACAAAUUUAAAGAAUUAUUUGUAGCCAGAUAUAAUAAUAAAUUUUUUUUCUUCUUUAAAUGCACUCGUAUUUAUUGAAUUUUCAUUUUCAUGAAAUUUUUGUUAUUUAUUUGUGUGAUUCGUUUCCCAUAAAAAAAAUAUUUUUCUACGUUUGCCAGAAGUAGUCCUAAUGUUAGGUAAAAUGAUUUUUUUAAAAAGAAGAAAAAUAUAUUAUUUACAUAGAUAAACAAUAUUAUAUAGAGGUAUUUUCUACACAGUUAAAAAUAGUUUUGUGGCAAUACCUGCUGUAUCUUAGAUGUUGGUAGCCCUGAUUUGAUUAUUUGUAGUUGAUAUACCAAUUUGUUUACAACAAUCAGUUUCAUAUUAAAUAAAUUUACGAAUUUCAAAUCCGUUGACUACGUGAAUCACUUGGUAAUAUAUUUGGAGGAUUAGUGGCAAGAAUUUUACAUUAUAUGCAGUCAACAUUUGAUAUUUUCAUAUUUGUUUCAAUUAUUUUGAGAAUUUUAUUAAAACAUCUAUUUUUAUAUAAAUUAUAGUCCUGCGAAUAUAAAUAGGAGUAAAGGUGAGAAAAGACGAUAAUGUGAUAGUAUAUUAUGUAAUCGAAUCAUUUGAAUAUUAAUAAAAUACGUUUUGAAAUA